AUGAAGCUGUGGAAUAAAGCUGCCAUAGGCAAGCUUUACUGGAAUGUGGCACAGAAGGAAGAUAGAAUGUGGAUAAAGUGGAUACAUGCAUACUAUAUAAAAGGGCAGCAGAUGGAACAAGUUAAAGUACCAACACAGGCAAGCUGGAUGGUGAGGAAAAUACUGGAAGCAAGGCAUAUCAUAGAAAAAAACAAUGUGCAGAUAAGUAAGGGAAAAGGGAUCAUAAAGCAGAUAUACCUGAAGCUGUUGGAAGAUCAACCUAGAGUCAUGUGGAAAUGUCUGAUGUUUGGCAAUGCUGCAAGGCCAAAAGCAAAGUUCAAUUUGUGGUUACAACUGCAGAACAGACUACUUACAGUGGAAAGGUUAAAGAAAUGGGGGAUUCAGGGAGAAGACAAAUGCAGCUUAUGCCAGGGACAAGAAGAAACAAGAGAUCACAUUUAUGUAGAGUGUAGCUACACAAGGGAGGUACUAAAGAGAGUGAUGCACUGGGCACAGAAACUAAGCCUAACAGGAACUAACUGGGAGCAACAUGUGCAAGAAGUGAUUAGAAGAGCUAAAGGGAGAUCAAGAGAAGCACAACUAUUCAAAAUGCUAUACACAGAAAUGGUACAUAAUAUAUGGAUAGAGAGAAAUCAGAGAAUUUUUGAAAAGAAAAAUAAGAGCUGGGAGAAGAUAGCUAAGGAUACAGUGUAUGUUUGUUGCGCACGAGCUCCUUCUAGUAUAGCUGAAUUAGUGCAGGGAUAUAGAUUUUAA